AUGCAGCCUGCUGCACGUGAGGCGCUGCUGCUCCUGCUGCUGCUGCUGCUGACAGCAGCAGCAAACGUUGACAGGGCUUGGGGGUUCAGCCGGAGCAGCAGCAGCAGCAGCUGCAGCAGCACCAUCAGCAGCGCCAGCACCUUUGCUGCUGCUGGUGGUCUACCGUUGCUGUCUUCCCCCAGCCCUGCUGCAGCAAGGAGACAAGCCGGAGCAGCAGCAGCAGCGGCAGCUGCAGCAGCAGGUGCUGCUGCUGCUGCUGCUGCUGCACCAAAGACAGAUGCAGAGAAGGCAUCUCUGCUGCUGCUAGCUGCAGCAGCAAAUCUUUCAAAUGAAGAAGCAGCAGCCCUGCAGCAGCUGCGAGAAGCAAAACCCUUCUCUCUCCCUCCUCCUCCGCUGCUACCGCCCCUCCAGCAGCAGCAGCAGCAGCAGCAGCAGCAACAGCAGCAGCAGCUGUUGUGGGGUUUUAUGAGCCUUGAGCAGCUAGGCUACCACUACGCAAGGCAUCAUGCAGGAUACGUCAAGACUCUGAACUCUUUUGCAGAGACUGACGGGCGACUUCAGGGCGUUACGCUUGAUGGUCACUUCGGCAGCGGGUGGAUUUGGCUUUGCGCUGAAGAAGAAGGGGCAACGAUUGUACAGACUCAUGAUGGGGCUUCAGUUGUCUCGCCCGAAUUAACUCCUCUUCUUGUCCUUGAUGUGUGGGAACACUCGUAUUAUUUAGACUACAAAAACUCCCGAGCUGCCUAUGUAGACAGUAAGAACUGA